UGUUUUUUCAUGGCAAUGACUAUAGCUGACAAUAUCUUCAGAAGGGCUCAGAAGCUUCACGUGGAAAUGGGUCCUUCUGUUCUUAUUAUUAUUAUAACUUUUUCACUCACUUUCUUAGUCAUCGUCAAUUUCAAUUUUAGGGUUUCAAUCUGAACAAAAAACCCAGAUUUCCAUGGCUUCAUUUCGUUUUCAAUUCUACUACCCAACAACCACAACUCUAGUCCUCGGCUACGCACUCUGUUCUAGCUUACUUUCCAUUAUAAACAAAUACGCCAUUACCCAAUUCAACUAUCCAGGUCUUCUCACAUCAUUCCAAUACCUAACUUCAGUAUCAGGAGUUUACAUUUUACGCAAAUUAGGGUUCUUAAACCACGACCCAUUCACGUUAAAAACCGCCAAGAAAUUCUUCCCAGCCGCCGUCAUCUUCUACCUCGCCAUCUUCACAAACACAAAUCUCCUCCGUCACGCCAAUAUCGAUACUUUCAUAGUUUUCCGAUCAAUGACUCCAUUAUUAGUCGCCGUCGCCGACACCACAUUCCGACAUCAACCAUUCCCAUCGAAACUAACAUUCUCGUCUCUCCUUGUCAUCUCCGGCGGCGCUGUUGGGUAUGUUUCAACUGAUCUGGGUUUUACACUGACUGGUUAUUCAUGGGCAUUUGCUUAUUUGAUCAGUAUUACUACAGAUAUGGUUUAUAUUAAACAUAUGGUGACUAAUCUUGGUUUGAAUACUUGGGGUUUUGUUUAUUAUAACAAUUUGUUAUCAUUAAUGAUGUCUCCAUUGUUUUGGGUUAUUACUGGUGAAUAUUCUGAUGUUGUUAAUGAUUUGGGAGGGGAAUUGAGGUUUGAUUUGAAUGCUUUUUUGGCUGUUUGUUUGUCUUGUGUUCUUGGAUUGGUGAUUAGUUUCUUUGGAUUUGCGGCUAGGAAAGCGAUAUCUGCAACGGCUUUUACUGUUACUGGGGUUGUGAAUAAGUUUCUUACGGUUGGGGUUAAUGUUUUGAUUUGGGAUAAACAUGCGAAUCCAUUUGGAUUGGUUUGUCUUUUGUUUACUAUUGGUGGUGGUGUUCUUUAUCAACAAUCUGUUGUUGUUAAUGAUGUUGCUCCCAAACUUGAAGAAGAAGAAGAGGGUAAAAUUUUAGGGGUUUGAAUUUUGAAUUGUAUGUAAGGUUUUAGGGAAACUUGAAUUGUUUAUGUCUAUGUUUUUCAUUUCAAAUGAUCAUGAUCUUUAAUCAUGUUAAUCAA